CACAGUUCUCGCCAUUUCACAGAAGAGGAGACUGAGCCCUGACGCUUAGCCCAAGCUCGCGCAGCCAGGAUGGCAACGACCUGGAGGUCUCUAAACGGGACACAGAAUGCCAGUAUUCUCACCACUUAGAGGAAACCUGGGCGGACCAUCUGGGACGACAUUCUAUGAUACAAGCCGAUCUGGUUCUGGUUGUGACAUAAGCUGAGGGUCAGGGUUGGGGCCUAACCACACGGCCCUUGGCCCUGGUGCUUGCAGGACCUCCCAGUAACAAGCCUGUCUGACAUUUAGUCAGAGGGAAUCCACCCUUGCGCACCACCCAUUGGACCUCAAACUGGCAAGAUACUGAAUCCUGUUGGAUGUAAAGGAAGUUCUUCAAGCGACACCGUUAGGGCGACCUCAGGUCAAGAAUGACUCUUUGUGCUAGUUCGACGGGUCUGGGACUUUUUUCUGCCAAGCGCCCGCGAGGGAGCCAGCAGGUGCAGGAAGCGCUCCCCGGCGGUCCCCAAGCCGCGGCAGCUGGACUGUGGUGCAGCGGAGAGGCCACUACGCCUAACCGCGAAGGAACCAAUAGGAACCGCACACACCCCAAGAAGUCUGGGAUUCCCGCUUCCGGCCAGCACGCCCCUUCCUCUAGUCCCGCCCCUUCCGCCGGUCCCGAGCUCCACAGGGCCCGCCCCUUCCGCCGGCCUCCGCUCCCGAGGCCCCGCCUCUUCCUCGAGUUCCGGCUGCUUCCUUCCGGCAUGUGAGUCUGGGGCUCGUGUCCGCUGUCUGUGCUGGUCUUCUUGCCUGGUCCUCGAGGGUGUGUGAUUUUCGUCGCGCCUCCGCCCUAUCAGUCAUGGGGGUCCCCAAGAGGAAGGCACUGAGCAGACAGGCUUCCUCCGCGGGCGCAGCCAAGCGAGCACGCACAGAGGAGCUCACGGGCGUGCUGUUCAAGGCUCAGCUGAAGGACCCGCAGGGCAUCGGGCCAGCCUUGGAAGCAUUUGUCUCUGCUGCCAAGAAGCUACCACGAGAAGACAUGUAUGAUAUUGUGGAAGGUUAUAUAAAGAUUUCUGUGGAGUGUGCUGAAAUUUUCCAGCUUCUAAGUGGAGAGAAGCGACCUGAAAGUGAAAUGCUAUUGAUAUUUCAAGUUUUCGAAGCCAUAUUGUUGAGGACAGCAAGUGAUCUUUCCCAUUUUCAUGUUGUGGGAACCAACAUUGUGAAAAAGCUGAUGAACAACCACAUGAAGCUUAUCUGUGAGGCCCUGUAUGCCUCGGGGUAUAGGUUGGCUCGAGCCUGCCUGAAUCUGAUGGCUGCCAUGGUGACUCAGGGUCCUGAAGCUGCUAGGGAUGUCUGCAGCCAUUUUGAUUUGAAUAAAAAGACCUUGUAUGCCCUGGCGACCAAGAGAGAUUCAAAGGGAGUGCAUGAUGUUCGGCUGGCCUACAUUCAGUUUGCCCUUUCCUUUUUAAUUGCUGGUGAUGACAGCACUAUAGUGCAGGUGCUGGAACUGAAAGAAUUUAUUCCUUGCAUCUUUAGCUCAGGCAUAAAGGAGGACAGGAUUUCUACUGUCAAUAUUUUGUUAUCCACACUGGAAACAAAGGUGGUUCACAAUAAAACUAUCACAAAAACCCAGAAGGUGCGUUUCUUUACUGGACAGUUAUUGAACCACAUAGCGUCUCUCUACAGCUGGAAUGGGAUUGCUGAUGUAAACCCAGAAAACGGCAAGGGUUCUACUGAAGAUGCAGGGAAAACCAUGGUGAGGGAGCUCGUUCACAACUUCCUGAUGGAUCUUUGCUGUUCGCUCAAACAUGGAAUUAAUUUUUAUGAUGCAUCUUUUGGUACCUUUGGCAGGGGAGGAAACCUGACGCUCUUACACUUCUUGUUGGGCUUGAAAACUGCAGCAGAUGAUGAGCUGGUGGCCGAGCUUGUGGUGAACAUCCUUAAAGUGUGCCCGGACUUACUGAACAAGUAUUUUAAGGAAGUAACAUUUUCUUUUCUCCCACGGGAAAAGUCUACCUGGUUAAAUAAUAUCAAACUUCUAAAUAAGAUCUAUGAGGCCCAGCCAGAGAUUUCCCGGGCCUUUCAGACCAGAGAGUUUAUCCCCUUGCCUCGGCUCCUGGCAAUGGUGAUGGUGACCACUGUGCCCCUGGUGUGCAAUAAGAUCAUGUUCACCCAAGCAUUAAAUUUGGACAGCAAAUCAGUGAAGCACACGGCUUUAUCCCUUAUUUCUGUCAUUUUGAAGAGAGCAUUAAAAACAAUUGAGCACUGCCUGAAUAAAGAGGCAUGGCAAGAAUCGGGCGUGUACACAGCUGUGAUGAUGGAAGAAUUUGUGCAGCUUUUCAGGGAGGCCUUGAGCAAGAUUUUGCCAGACCUGAACACUAUUGUGUGGGUCUGGCAGUCCCUGAAAAAGCAAGAAACCAAGCAGGAUGAUGAGAAAGGGAAGAAAAAGGGUGGCAAGCCCCAAGCUACCCAUGUGGUUCCCCAGUGCGAUGAUACGGAAACCAUUCUUUUGAAAGCCAUUCUGCUCCAGGUCAUAUGUCUCUACCAGAAGGUGGUCCCCCACUUGGUCAUGCAGUACAACUUUGACUUCAGCAAGCUCCUAAAAGGUGUUAUCUCUGAGCAGGGGCUUCGAGAGGAGGUGCCGCCCAUUCUGCAGCACCAUAUGCUGAAGGUGGCCCUGGAACUGCCGGCCAGCAAAUUUUUGUGGUUAAAGGCACAGGAAGGCCCAGAUGCAGAGAUUAUUGGAGGAGAGCGAUCAGUGUUUUACUUACUGAUGAAAAUGUUUGUGACCAGUAGUCAUAUACAAUUGAAGUUGUCAACUAAACUUCUGAUCGUGAAGAUUCUUCGGGACACGGGGGUGUUUGAGCACACCUGGAAGGAGCUGGAGCUUUGGCUGGAGCACUUGGAUUCCACCAUGGAGGAGGACAAAGAGACUGUGAUUCAGUUUUUGGAACGUGUUUUGUUGACACUGGUGGCAAAUCCUUAUUCAUACACAGACAAAGCAUCUGACUUUGUCCAAGAAGCAAGUACCCUGCAGGCUACUGCGAUGAAGCAGGACGCCGAUGACGUCAGCAUUCCCAUCUCCCACAUCGAUGAUGUUCUCGACAUGGUGGAUGUUCUGGUGGAGGGAAGCGAGGGCUUGGAUGAGGAGAUUGGAUUCUUGUUAAACGAGGACAUGAUCCUACUCACGUUCCCAUUCAGCGCUGUGGUCCCCGCAGCCCUAGAAGCCAGGAAUAAAUUGCUCCUUGGGACAGAAAAUGGAGCAGUGGAAAGCGUCAUGGUGUAUCUGACAGCGGUACUGACGGACCUCCUCCACACUCAGAGGGACCCCUUGGCUCUAUGUCUUCUGCUCCAGGCUUAUGACAAGUUUGAGCCUCCUUGCCCACGUGGCUGUCCUCAGCUCUCGAGGUUUAACAGCUACUACAGCCUCUGGAUCCCGGAGCAAGCCCUAGAGGCCCGGCCUCUCCAGGCGCCGAGCAGCUCCACACCCCCUGUUCCUCUCUCGGCCUCCUCCUUCACUGCCCUGCUGCAGGUGGCCUAUGAGAGCCAGACGCUCCUGGAUGAGCGCGUCCAGGAGCAGCUGCAGGCCGCCGUCCAGCACCUCCCCACGCACCAAGCCCUGCGUGCAGUGAAACAGGUGCUGCUGUACCUCAGGAGCACCGUGGAGAACUUCAGCCAGCUAGGUAGAAUCACCGGACCCCCCCUCCUGCACCUCUUCUUGGAUCUCCUCAGGCACCUGGUUGUCCACUGUGAGCAGCUGGAUGCCCAGAACCAGCAGAAAUUAGAGGCUGGCCAGGCUGACUCUGACCUUUUUUUGGACAUGAAGUCUGUGGCCUCACUGGAGUUGGCCAAUGACCAGACGUUGGAGGAGGUACUGGUUGCCAUCCUCAGACACCCGACACUGGAGAGCUGGUUCCUGGCCCUGGAGCAGCAGGCCCUUCCUGCACACACCCUCAGCCCCAUCCUUGUGAAGCUCAUGGCCACUCACUUCAGCACAGGGGUCCUCGAGCUGCUGACAGUGAGUGCCCCAAUCCUCCAGAACAUUGGUCAGCUGGGCCUUCUGGCCAAGUACACAGAAGCCAUCACCCAAAGUGUGUUGAAAGAGCUGAGAAGCAGGAGGGCAGGCCCAGCUGCGUCACUGCCAAAGUCACUGCCACAGCUGGAGGCCCUGCAGAAACUACACCCGUACAUGGAGGGCAGCCAGCUCCGUAAGGUCACCCUGGCCCUGCUGAGCCUGCCCGAGGCCUACCUGGUGACCCAGCAACCUACCAAGUCACCUGGGAAGAAGAGACAGCUGAGCACUCUCGGGAGGAGCCUGGUACAGCUGUUCACCAGUGGCCCCCAGGAUCAGCUGCAGGGUGGAGAGCUCCUGUGGUCUUACGAGUAUCUGCGAGGCCUGGCGGCUCUGCUCCCUGCACUGGCCCUGGGCGAGCUAGACACUGUCCUCCUCCACACACUGUUGGGAGAACCCAUGCUGGCCCCUGCCAUCAGGUUCGACUUGCUUGACUACUGCCUGGCCCGGCGGACACAGGUGGCCCUUGGGAUCGCCACCCUGCUCCUUCAGCAGAGCUGGACCCACCUGCUACGGUUUGAGUGGUGGUGCCUGCAGGCUGGCUCUGGUCUCAUCCUGCAGGAGGACCUGGAGGACUUCCUCCCCCUCAUCCACGUGUACCUCCAGUGCAGGACUCAGGGCCACUUUGCACGCCCAGCAGGAGUAUGCUCUGCUGUCAUUCCUGUCUUGAGGAAGGCUCUCUGGAGACGGCUACAGAACAGGCUUCUCAGCACAGAUGAUGCCCCAGAGUCUGGACUACAUCAGGAGAUCCUGGCCCAGCUUCUCCCAUUUGCAAGAGCCAAGGAUCUCAGCGUCCUCAUGGACCGCCUGCCCAGCUUGCUGCAGACUCCAGGCAGUGACAAGAGGUGGAUUGUGGCAGACUCUGUCUCAGCAGCCCUGGAAAGGUCACCAGAAGACCUGUGUGUCUGGAGAAGGACCCUUUUGAAAUCCUGUAUAAAGUGGCUGACAGUGUCUUUCAGUGGUGGACAGCAGGAUGAUGACGGUACUCAGGACCAGGAGAAGCAAAUGCUGUUCAGACUAGACAAGCUGUUGCAUGUACUUGGUGAAGUUGAUCCUGGUGAUUGGCAGAAAUUUGUGAAGACAGGACUCAAGUUCCGGUAUCAGGAUCACACAUUUUUAAAAACCCUCCAUGCCGCUGUGCAGCUCCUGUACCGCCCGGGAAGCUCCCCCAGCGCGAAGCUCGUCCCACUCCCGGUGGUCCACAUGAUGCUUACCCAGCAUUCUCUGUUCCUGCCAACUCUGCUCAAGUCUGAAGAAGGAGAUAGCCCAGACACUCAAGUCAAAGAAGCACUGGUGGACUUGAUGUCAGUGGUGGUGAGGCUGUGCCCCUCUGUCUGUGAGAGCAGCCACUUCGCGGUGCUUCUUGGGGCCUACGGUGCCACUCUCAGUGUCCUGGACCAGAAAAUUUUACUUCUGCUCAGGGCGUAUGAGCAGAACAAGCUCAGCCUCAUCAGCUUUAGGGUGCUGCUGUGGGGCCCUGCGGCUGUGGAGCAUCACAAGACGUGCCGGAGCCUGGGCAAGUCGCUGUGGCAGCAGCCAAGUGUCGGGGACAUCCUCCGCCUGCUGGAUCGGGACCGGAUGUUGCAGACCAUCCUGCACUUCCCCCAGAGCCGCAGGCUGCUGCCCCCCAAGGACACAGAGGAGCUGAUAUUCAAAGACAGGAGCUCGGUGGAUCUCGAUGGCCUAUACGACCCCUGCUUUCUCCUUCAGCUGUUCAGUGAACUGACCAGGCCAGAAUUUGUGGUGGAUUGUCGGAAAUUUUUGGAUUCCAAUGCUCUGGGACUGACUGUCACAGCCCUCAGCAGCUAUGACCCCCAGAUGCGUGCUGCGGCCUACUACGUCCUGGCAGCCUACUACUCCCACCUAGAGGGGGCACGGUUCCGAGAGCAGUCCCAGCUCCUUUACCUAUUGGAUGUAGUCCGGAAUGGGAUUCGAACUCAGAACAUGAGACUCACUUUUACCUUGGCUCUCUUCAUUGCCAAAGCAGCCUUGCAGAUUUUGAAACCAGAGGAGCACAUGUACUUGAAGAUCAGCAAGUUCCUGCUGUCCCACGAGUACUUGAACAUGGACAAAGUGCCCGGCUUCUACCAGUUCUUCUACAGCUCCAACUUCGAGCAAAAAACUGAGCAGGAGUGGGUUUUCAGCAUCCUUCGGGAGGGCAUCCGUGACAAGCACUGCUAUGAGCUGUACGCACGGCGCGGCGUCUUCCACAUCAUCCUGUCCUUCUUCCACAGCCCCUUGUGUGACGAAGGGGCACAGAAUUGGAUUCUGGAAAUUCUACAGAAUGCUGCCCAGGUUGCCAAAUCUGCCUAUGAAAUCUUACGGGACUACAGCCUUUUAACGUGGAUUUUACAAAUCCUUGAGAGCAAGUUUCUGGAGACGCCGCUGCUGUCCAACGUGAUCUCUUUGCUUCACACACUAUGGGUGACUAACCUGGGGGACAAAGAAGUGGAGUGGGAGAGCCAGCCUCCUGGCCAGCCUGGUCCCCGGGAGCCCCCGAAGAUGCUCGCCCUGCACCUGGUCAACGAGUUCCUUUAUGUUCUCCUUGUGCUUGUGAAGCACCUGAGGCCCACCUUGGCCUCUGUCCAGCUGAUCGCCUUCUUUGGGACACUUGACUCUGUGCUGAGGUACAGGGUUACCGUCAUACGGGCCUUCAAGGACAUGAACCGAUUCACUGUGAAUGAGACAGUGCUCUCCACCAAGGACGUCGUCGUUCUCUUGCACAAAUGGAGCCUCAUUGAAAGAGACAUCAAGCUUCAAGAAGACCUACGAGCAGCUAUUGAGAAAUGUCAAGUCAAGGAGCUGAUGAAAAUGCUCAAGGAUAAGAACAAGCCUGCCAUGACAUCCCGAACCAAGGGCCCACGGGGCCGAAAGCAGAGGCCAGGGCAGGCAGAGGAGACGGUUGACCCUGAGCUGAAAGCAUCCAGCUUGGAGACGUGCAAGGGCUUCCUGAGGUCCAUACUGACUCACUGGGGGCCGCUGAUCCCCAGCCCUGACCCCGCUCCAGAGCCUGCAGACUGGGCCAGCCCUGAGAAUAAGGCGCCACUUCCUAUGGAUGCUGCUGCUUCCCUGGCGGUCAGCUGGGUGUUGCGGUCCGUGGUUGAGCACCCACUCAGCAGGGCAGAGGCUGCAAGACUCCUGGGCUGGCUUCAGAGCAACAUUUUGCCACACCCAGUGGUCGUGGCUGACCUCCUCAGGGACAGCGCCGUGCGAAGCAGCAUAUUCAAGCUGCACAGCCAGCUCUGUGGUGCCGAGGGGCUGGUGGGGCCCUCACAGAGUGUGGCCUGCCUGUUCAACACGGUCAUGCUGCAGCUCGUGGCCUCUCAGGGCAGGGCAGGGAGCCCUUUGCACGUGGCAGUGGAGGGUCUCUCCAUGUCCUCUCUGAGCAAGAAGGAUGAAGCCACACGAGCCUCUGCAGCCUUCCUGGUAUCUCUGUAUAUCAAGGACAUCUGGCUGGGGGCCCAGCGGCCAGACACUCUCCUAGCCCACAUCCAACUGGUCUGUGAUGCUGCAGAGGACGUGCCCGGAGGCGGGGAGGAGGCCAUCGUAGUGUUCUGCAAGGACCUGGCUGCCGCGGCCUCAGAUGUGUGACUCCCCACUGGCUGCAGACUCGGUCCGGUGACUGGUGUCCACGGCACUGACUUUUGGAGGUCUUACUCAAUCAAGGGCUUCCAGGGAAGGUGUGUGAAAUGGCAGGUGCAGCACUCUGACUCAGGUUUCUGACUAGAAGAGUUGAGAGGACUUUAUUUAACCAACCAGUAAAUAAUAAGCUCAAGGGGCUCUGUCCCAAGUGUGGGGUGCUUCAGGCGCCUUAGGCAAGUCCUGUCCUCCUGCCUUCAGAGAAGCCCCUCAAGUUGAGGUAGCUCUUCUGAGUACUGAAGGUGUCCAUGACUAUUAGAGCUAAGGUGUCUAACAAUUGUCUGAUAUGUUUUUGGUGAGCAUAGAGAAAUAUAAAAUUUUUUUCCUACAAGAAGUCAUAACAAAGUUUAGUGUGACUUUUUGAAUAAAUUAGUUCCUGCUAGUGUUUAUUUUAUUAAAUAAAAGGAUUUUACACUAAAUCCUUAAAGUAGAAAAAUGAUUAGACCUCUGCUUUGCAAAGACAACUUGUAUUUUUUUAAAGUUAUGUUUCUAGGAAGGGAUUUUGAAUUUUAUAAAUUAUUAAUAAAUGUUUAUUUCUGUAAGGU